AACAUAAAAUUAAACAGAAAUUCAAAUAUGCCACCAAAAAAAAGCACAAAUACUUCAAAGGCAAAUAAAUCUAAAACUGUAGAAACUAACAACGGAAAAGAAGAGAAAAAAAAAGGAAAUGCUGGGAAUGCUGUAAAGGUUAGACAUAUACUAUGUGAAAAACAAUCAAAAGUUUUGGAAGCUUUAGAAAAAUUAAAAGCUGGAGGGAAAUUUAAUGAAGUAGCUGCCACUUAUAGUGAAGACAAAGCAAGAUCUGGGGGUGAUCUUGGGUGGAUGACUAGAGGAUCAAUGGUAGGUCCAUUUCAAGAAGCUGCAUUUGCAUUACCUAUUUCUUCUAUUAAUUCUCCAAUCUACACAGAUCCACCAAUUAAAACAAAAUUUGGUUAUCAUAUUAUAAUGGUAGAAAGUAAAAAAUAAAUUAUGUAUAAAUAAUUAUGUAUAUUUAU